GGCAUGGUGCUUGAAUUUUUAGAAGACAUCAUGGGAACUUCAAGGUACAAACAGCCGACCGAGGAACUCAGUCAAAGAGUAGAAUCGCUAAACACCCUAAGAACUGAGAAGCUUAAUCGCGUUAAGCUGGUGGAGGAAGAAAAGGACAAACUUGAAGGCCCAAAGAAUGAAGCAGUGGCUUACAUCAAGUUGGAAAAUGACCUCGCACAGUUUAAAUAUAAUCUCCAGCAACUCUACACUCAUCAAUCGCUGAAAGUGAUCGCCGACAGUGAACAAAAGAAAUAAAAGGUGAAGGAAGAAAUGGGCGAUUUGAAGACAGACUAGAGGAAUCUACUUUGUUCAAAUCCGAAAAGAAUAAGGAGGUUAAGCAAUACUCCAAAGAGUACGAAGAAGCAAGCCGGAAGCUAGAUAAAUCCGCGGAAAAAAUGGCGAGUUUGAUUAAAGAUGACGAG